GUAUAGGCUCCAAAACAACUAUUGUGGCAGUAGAUACUACCUUACGUGUGGAGUGGAAGGAAGUGAAGUCAGCGGCAGCUCUCUUGCCAUUGGGAAACACUACGACUUCUCUAGUACGAAGGCUAGCACACCAGACAUCAGUAGAGAGCCCGGAAACUGCUGAGGUAAAUGUUGAAGACACUAUUGAAAUGUUACCGAAAUCAAGACGCGCACUUACAAUCCAGGAGAUUGCUGCACUUGCAAGAUCAUCUUUGCAUGGUUUCUCCCAAGUUGUAAAAGACCAUGUAACUAAACCUACUGCCAUGGCUCAGGGUCGAGUUGCUCACCUCAUAGAAUGGAAGGGUUGGUGUAAGCCCAUGGAAUCUCCAAUGACUCUGGAGAUUGAUUUCAAUUCCUACUCAGACUUAAGUGAAGGUGAACAGGAAGCAAGAUUUGCAGCAGGUGUGGCAGAACAAUUUGAGAUUGCAGAGGCUAAACUCAAAGCGUGGUCAUCUGUUGACGGCGAUGAUUCAAAUGAUGACUCAUAUGAUGAAGAUUUUGUACCAACUAGUGACAGCACCCUGCCAGCUGAUGCAGCUGGACAGUACCCACAAGUGAAUUACUCGAGAGAAAUGCUGCAUGGCCAUUUGUGCAAACUCACAGUGAGACAGGCAUCAUGUGAGCAGGAAAGUGAUUCCUCCCAAACUGUCUCCCCAGAGACCCUUUGUUCAAGUCUGUGCAGUCUGGAAGAUCACCCUUUGCUUAAAAUGGAGCUGGGGUCCCCCACCGAAUUAGCCACAAAACUGUUUGGUCAGAUCAGUGCAAUGACUGGUCAUAGGGACAUGAUCUCUCAGCUGCAACCAAACAGCAACACUGAAUGUGCCUUUAGGAACCUUAUCUGUGAGGACUCCUCUUAUUCUGUGUCUUAUGCUGAAUCUUGUUUUACUCCGGAGGAAGAUGACUUGUCAUGUCAAGAUUACAAAACCAUCUGUAAGAAGGAGGACGGCGAGUAUGAGGGACGUAGAAAAGUAUCAGACGUUGCUUCCUCAGGUGUAGUAUCUCUGGAUGAGGAUGAUGCAGAAGAUCAAUGAAUUCUUUGUGACCCUGGCAUGUGUUUCUCCCUUUGAUACUGGUCUUGAGGCGUCCAAACAAUCGGUCUGUAUUUUGUAAAAGACUGUAAAAAUAACCUUUGCACAAAUAAUUGCCUGAGGUUUGAUGCGAAGGUUCAAGCACUUCACAGGUUUGCAUGCUAUGAAGUGCCGAACUGUUUGCUGAAAUGUUCUUAGCACGGUAUGUAGCUCAAGCUUUGAGAAUCUUUCGUACUGAUCUUUAAAUUACUUGCUCUGUUAUUUUUCAUGCUGGAAAGCAUUCUCCAGUCACAAUGGCAUGGCUAUGUCUUGUGCUAAAA